AGGGGAAAAAAAUAAAAACAGAAAAGGCUGCUCCCCCACUCUCUCUCUCUCUAUAUAUAUAUAUAUAUAAGGAGUAGCAUAUACACAGAGGGACAGAGACUCUGUUUCGAGUGUGAAAGAAAAAGCUCUCUCUCUUUCUGUCAUGGAGGAGCCUGUUGGUUUGUUUUAUGGGUGGUUUAAACUAUUAGUCGUGAGUUUUGUGGGCUUAGUGCUAGUGUUAAAGUUGGUAGAAUUGGUAUGGUGGAGACCCAGAAAGUUUGAAGAGCAUUUCUCAAAGCAAGGAAUCAGAGGACCCUCAUAUCAGUUGUUCAUAGGAAAUGUGAAGGAGCUUGUGGGGAUGAUGAUGGCUGCCUCCUCUCAACCCAUGUCUUUCUCUCACAACAUUCUUCCCAGAGUCCUUCCUUUCCACCAUCACUGGAAGAAAAUCUAUGGCGCAACAUUUCUGAUAUGGUUUGGUCCCAAUGUCCGGCUGGCUGUUUCUGAUCCGGACCUCAUCAGAGAAGUCUUCACUUCCAAGUCGGAAUUCUUUGAGAAAAUUGAGGCUCACCCACUUGUCAAACAGCUUGAAGGCGAUGGACUCCUAAGCCUCAAAGGUGAAAAAUGGGCACACCAUAGGAAAAUCCUUGCCCCCACCUUUCACAUCGAGAAUCUCAAAUUGCUGGUGCCAGUGGUGGCCAAGAGUGUGAUCGAUUUGUUGGACAAAUCUAUACCAAUGUCGUCCUCGGCAGAGGUGGAGCUUGAAGUUUCGGAGUGGUUCCAGACUUUAACAGAAGACGUAAUUACUCGAACAACAUUCGGGAGCAGCCAUGAAGAUGGCAAGGCCAUUUUCAAGCUCCAAGCUCAGCAAAUGGAGCUCGCAGCCGAUGCUUUCCAAAAGGUCUUCGUUCCUGGUUUCAGCAAGUUUUUCCCAACAAAGAGAAACAUAGAUUCAUGGAAGCUGGACAAGGAGAUAAAGAAAUCAUUGAUGAAGGUGAUAGAUUGCAGGAAGAAGCAGCAGCAAUGCGAAUUAGACAAGGAGGGAGUGGGACCCAAGGACUUGCUGGGACUGAUGAUUCAGGCCCCCAACAUAACCGUGCACGACAUCGUGGAAGAGUGCAAGGGGUUUUUCUUCGCAGGCAAACAGACCACAUCCAAUCUGCUGACGUGGACCACCGUCCUGCUGGCUAUGCACCCACAGUGGCAAGUGCUAGCACGUGACGAGGUUCUCAGGGUGUGCGGAUCACGUGACCUACCACCCUCCAAAGAUGAUCUUGUCAAGCUCAAAACGCUGUCCAUGAUUCUCAAUGAAUCCCUGAGGCUGUACCCUCCUAUAAUUGCCAUGAUCAGACGCGCCAAAGCUGACGUGGAGUUGGGGACCCACAUGGUCCCACGCGGGACCCAGCUCUUGAUGCCGAUCCUAGCCCUUCAUCAUGACCAGACCCUAUGGGGCAACGAUGCGAAGGAAUUCAAUCCGGGGCGUUUCUCGAAGGGUGUGGCCCGCGCAGUGAAGCAUCAGGCGGGUUUCAUCCCGUUUGGGUUGGGUGUGCGGACUUGUAUAGGACAAAGUCUAGCAAUUUUGCAAGCCAAGUUAGCAUUAGCCGUCCUACUGCAACGCUCCUCCUUUCGAUUAGCCCCAACAUAUCAACAUGCUCCCACAGUUCAAAUGCUACUCCACCCACAAUAUGGUGCCCCCCUCAUCUUUCGUCGUAUGCCCCACAAUUUAUCAUAAAUCAUAAUAUUAGCUCCUCAUUCAUCCCCAUUUUGUGCCAAUGUGUGUACCUACCUUACUAAAUUGAUGAGUUGCUAAAAACACCCAAAAAAAAAAUCAUCCAAACAAUCUUAAAUCUUAAAUCCUAAAUUGAGCUAGCUUAAGCUUAAUUAAUUAAACAAGAGAUCCUCUGAGAUUGGAGUGUUUCGGAUGAUCAAUAUUGGUUUUUGCACUACGAUUAACAUUUAGGAUAGUAUUUUAUUAAAAAAUUUUGUUGGUUUGGCGAGUAAUUUUGAAGUUUUAAGGGGAAUAUUGUGAAUGCAUGGCUAACAAUUGAAUUAGGUAGAGCUUUCUUUAAUUGGCUAGGCAUGUAAAUGAAUGAAGACAUGCCAAAUUCACCAAGUCAAGAGAGUAUUUCUUAUUCCUUGUCUUUCUCUCUGUCUCGUCUUGAAAUCUGAAUGAACUGAAAGUGGGUGCUUGCUUAUUUUUGUGA